AUCAUAUUUUGUCAUUUAAUAGGAAAUAAAGUAUCAUAGGCAAGCAUAACUUAAAGGAAAUAUGCACUAAUCCGGAAUGUGUUGGUGCCGUGACACAAAAUGACACAUACUGUAAGGUGACAGGAGUCAAUAUGUGGUGCGUAUUUCGGGGUUUAGAGUUUGGUACUAUCAUUGCCUGUUGACAGAGUAAUCAAUUUGGAGCGACAGAAUUGCUUUUAUAUUUGUCAGUUAAGAAAAGAUUUCAUAAAUAUUUAAACAAUGGAGUCUCGCCCAUGUGCAGUAAUAGCCAGCUGCACUAGCACACACCCAGAAGAUAUAAUAAAAUCAAUUCUGGGUGUAGAGGAACUUCCAGACUAUACAGAAGUGGAAGAUGGGAUAAAGGCAUAUCCCUGGCAUAUAGAUACAAAGUACUACACAGCAGAUGUAAACCUGUGUGCUGUUGAGAAGAAAACCUUGGGCAGUGAAGAUUUUGCUGUUUCUGUUGAAGCAAUAGUUGUUCACUUUGACAGCAACAGGAGUGAUGGUCUUUCUGCUGUUGAAGGUUGGUUAUCAUUCCUUAAGGAGUUUGAGCCUGAAGUUCAAAUAUUGCUAUGUGAUCGAUGUGAGGAGGAACCCCCUGAAGGACUGGCCAGAGUCACAGUGCAAGAAUGGUGUGUUGAACAAGGCUUUGAAUUGGUGGAACUCAAUCCAGAUCUUGACCCGGAGUGGGAAGCAGAACAAGAUUUCCUGGAAACUACUGGUGUGAAACGAGUUAUCCAAGCUCUACAUGCUCACCUUUGGCCAAAUUUGCACAUGAAAGGUAAGCCCCAGCAGCUAUCUCGAACAGUCCAAUCAAUGUUAGUGGGUAAUGCUCCCACAACACCCACAAAUGGCAACAGUGAUGAGGAUGCAGACCAGGGGUCUACUCUUGAUAACAGUUCUUUCUUUGCAGCUACAUGUACAGAGGAACGAAUAGAUGAGUUACUUGGUGAUAGUGGUGGUGUAGCAGGUUUCUCUUCUUUAUUUGAACAACUGUGUACAAUGAAGGAGCGAGUCUCUAAACUUCCAAGUGACCAAAGAAGAGCUUGUGCUGAACAGGUUGUAAUGGCAUUUUGGAAAGCAAUAGGUGGAGAUGAUGAUGAGUUAUCAGGUCUUGGCUCAAACUGAAAUAAAUGAGAAGGGACAAGAGUUGAUGUUUCAUCCAAGGAUGUGAUUACCGCAACUCAUUCUCCGAAUGAAGAACCACGUUUGAUAUGAAAUCGUGAUGUUCCAAAUUUCUUCAGAGAGGAUAUCUUGUGAUUCUUAGCUUUCUCCGAGUAUUAUAUUUAUACCACUUUUGUCAUAUCAGUACUGAUGUGAGGAAGCAGAAAAGUUUUCUAGUCGAUUACAUCUGUAUUCUGAUGUUGAUAGGGCAGUAUAUUGUUGGGAGCAAUAUAAAUCUUUUCUAGGAACUAUACUUUAGUCAUAUGUAAAGGAACUGUGUGAAAACAUUAACACCUGUGUACCAAUCUCCUAUGCCAAAGAGCUAUUGGUGUCUUUGAAUCAAACUUAAUUAAAAUAAAUAUUUGGUAUUUGUUUUCCCAGGUGCUAUCAUCACUGCCUGAGAAACUGAAUAUUUUUCCAAAGCAGUUUUGGACUUGACAACUUCAUUGAUAUUUGUUUUGUGAUCCAGAGAUAUACCCUCUGUUUCUUGUACAUAAAAAAGGGUAUUUUUUGUUUUAAUUCAAUACUGAAUUGUAAUUCUCUAGAAUAUCAUGUUCCUAAUGAAAGUAGGAAAUGGAAACUCUUCUCUUUGAUUUGGUAACAUAGAGACCAGUGUAUACAGUAAAUAUCUCGUUUCACAUAGUGUAUUAUAGUUUUUCAUUUUUAAUGCAUUUUUAGAAAAUUUAGCAAACUUAAACAUGAUAUGCAUGUAGUCUAAAAAGAGACAAUUUAUCUUUUGUACCACGUUAUGGGAGGUACAUUCUUGUUACUCUGCUGCAGUAAAUUCUGAUGUGUAAUAAAACUGGAAGUGCAUGUGAUCAGCAUGUAAAUAGUUUAUCCUUGAGAAGACAGUUUUGCUUGGAGUAUUUAAUAGCUUGAGCAUUGGGAAGUUAUAUCUGUGCAAUAUUAAUCUGCUGUAGUGUAUGUCACAAUUGUAUCAUGUUGUUAUAUUAUUAUAGUCUUAGUUUCAAAGCUAAUUUCAUGAUUCAGAACUUACCUUGCUCUGUUGUCUCAUUUCAAUUGAAACACUAUUUUUUGUUUCAUGCAAGUGAAGGAUUCUGUAUGUCUGUCUGGUCAUUGACAGUCACAUUUUGUAAAAUCAUUGAUUCUAUAAUAUAUCAAUUGAAAAAUGAUCUGUAGAAGUUCUUAGUUUGUGUAUAAUGAAAAUAUAAAAUUAAAAACAAAUAUUGUUAAUUAUGAUAUGGACAGAUUCUUAUUGUUAGUCUGUACUUUUGCUAUCCUAGACAUCACUGUAAGAUAUAGCACUUUGUAUGCUGUUACAGUUUUGCCAAAAUGCUAGUGCUAAUGAAUGUCAUUACGGUCAUCAUAGACAGCUUCUCACAUCUUUGACUGUGCCAGAAUAAAAGAAGUUUUGUACAUUAGAGCAUCAUGAUACUGUGUUAUUUUGCAUUACUGUUGUUACGUUGUUCUUGCUUUAUGAUGGAAUUUACCUUAGUGUAUGCUGUUUUCAGUGCACUUGGACUUUAUGUAACGUAUUCAUUGGUGCCUCAAGUAGUAAAGGGUACAGCAAUCAGUUGG